AUGUUAGCCUUUCUAGCUCUUUCCGUGGCUGUGGCUACAGUUUCUGCUCAAUAUGGAUCUGGCCCAUCCAACAAUCCACCAGCUCCAAACACUUAUUCAUCGAACAACGUCUACUAUCCUCCAGUUGUCUACGAUUCCAACUACUGGGAUUACAGUCGUGAGCGUAAUCAUAAACAAUGCCCAAAAUUGAGAACUUAUGUCGGAGAGUUCCCAUCAGUUCCAGAUGAGGCAUUUUACCCACCAAUCAUCCGAUAUGUCAAAGAUGGAAAGAAAGUGACUGCUAUGGUUGUUUGUGAUAGAAACGUUAAGAACUUCAACGUUUUGUUUGGACGAAAUGGAUCGGAAACUGACAUUCGCUUUGCCCCUUUCUUGGCAAUGGGAAAUACAGCUGGAAUCACACUCAAAUGCGAUCGUGAUGAGCGUAGAUUCGAAGGGCUUGCAGUGGACCUGGGUACUCCUGAUUUCUCCAGAAAAGUACAGAUCACACAGCUCACAUGCCUCGGUCUGGACAAAACACAAAUAGGAUUGGAUGCUCAAGGAGGAUUGAUCAGUUUUGCUUACGGUAUCGGGGCAAUGUUGAACGGUCUUGAUUUCUUUGCACCAACAAUUGGAAGAAAGAAGAGAGAAGCUGUCGAAACGCCAGCAACCGACGCACCAGAACCUGUCACAGGCGUACCAACUGAGAAGGUAGCCGAGACAACUGUUGUUGUCACUGCUGUCAAAUCCGGAUCGGAAACAACAAAAGUCGUCGUCCAAACCACUGAAGCACCUGCUGUAUCAUCUGGAUCCGAUACUGCCACAGAGGCUGCGACUACGCCAGCUCCGGGAUCUCUUGCUGCUCUAAAAGCCGCUGGAGAAAGAUUGGGAAAAGUUUUCGGGCGAAUCUUCCAUUAA